AAUGAAUCACGGGCGUUGCUCCUUAAAACUCUUGACGUUUUCCCAAGGCUUCUCUCAAAAACAUGAGGUGCAUAAUUGUUCUCCUGAUAAGUCUGUUCCUGCAUGACUUCGGCGGUGACGCUUGCUCGAGUCGACGGAAGUCUAACAAAUCAUCGCGAUUAAUACAGCAAAAUCUCCACAACACAGACCGUCCUGACUGCGACUGUGUGCCUCUACACACGUGUCCCUUGUUUGGCAAGGUGUUGCAGGGGCCGCGUCCGAUCAGUAACUUCCAGUUAUCCGCUCUCCGCAGGGCGACUUGCGACCCUCUCGGAGACCCCAAAAACCCAAACGUCAAGUGCUGCGGUAAAUACGUGGACGAGAUCGAAAUCGGUGAAAAUGGCAUACUUGGCAACGUUCCCACUACGUUACCUCCUAGUAUUGACUUUGAACAAUUCUGUGGACAAUGCGACCCAUCUUUGGACCCAAGAAUUAUUGGAGGGACCGAAGCCAUGCUUGGACAAUUUCCUUGGAUCGCAAGACUUGGCUACAUAAAUGGCCCUGCAGAUUCAAAAGCGGAUGAGUUCUUGUGCGGAGGAUCGCUGAUCAGUCACGAACACGUCGUCACUGCUGCCCAUUGCAUUAAUCGAGAUAAGCAUCUCUCGCAAUUGCGAUGGGUGGUGUUGGGAGAGGUGGACGAGCGCACCGACCCUGACUGCACCAAAAAUGAGGGUUGCGCUCUUCCGGUGCAGACAAUAAAAAUUUCUUGGGCUGUCGUACACCCUCAAUAUAAGUCUAGUUCUUUCAAAAAUGAUAUUGGCGUCAUCAAGCUUGCAGAGCGGGUUAAUUUCACAAGUUGGGUGCAUCCAAUUUGUUUGCCAAAGAAACAGGAAACAAAUUUGACAAACGUCAGGGCUGUUGUUGCUGGCUGGGGGAAAAUUGCACUGGAUCCUGCUCCAAUAUCAACGUCGCCAAAGCUGCAGUUUUUGUGGAAGAAAGUGGUGACAGAGGAAUAUUGCACGCGGCAGUACAGGGGUGCUUUGAGUGCCCCGCUCACAGGUCAACUGUGCGCCGGUGGCACAAAGGGCGAAGAUUCCUGCAAAGGUGACAGCGGCGGGCCCUUGGCACAGCCACAGACCAAAGAGCCUGGCGGCGACGGCUUUUACUCGCUCAUCGGCGUCGUUUCGUUCGGCGCCAGAGAAUGCGGCUCCGGCGGACUGCCAGGGGUGUACACCAAGGUCAGCGACUACGUUGACUGGAUCGCUGCCGUGACCAGAGGAGAAUGGAGUCCGGACGACACUUCGCGAAAUGUUUAUUGGGACUGAAAUGCAGAAAUAUCACUUUGAUAUUAGUGAUUUCUUAAAAAGUAGAUAUAGUGGAGUUUCGGUGGUUUAAAUAAUUGAUAAAAAAAAAUCUUUUAGGAAACAAAAAAAGCCAACUCUUCGUGCCAAGGGUGUAGAAAUUUUGAGUCCGCAAAUAUGAUGCACCAUAUUAGAUUGAAGAUUGAAGGCAUGCAACAACAAAAAUUAUUUAAAAAAACAAUAAUACAUUCAUAAGCUUAUUUAAAAGUUAAAAUUAAUCAUUUGAAAAUAUUAAAAAUACAGUAGUUGUUUUUAUUAUUUAAAGGUUAAGUUUUUUACUAUCUAAGAUCUUUUAAUUUUUUUAAACAUUUCAAAAUUGAGGUUUUUCAAAUUUUUUAUUUCAACGUAUUUUAAAAUAUUAAAAUUGCCCGAGUUCAAAGUAUACAUCAUGCGUCAAUAGUUAAAAACGUGAUGUUUUUUACUGCUUUUCCACUCUUGGGAAUGAUUGUAGGUGAGCAUUUUGAGUGCAAUAAAACGAAAUCUCUGAAUCUCAAAAUCAGACCUAUUUUAAAGCCAUUGUUACGUGUCAAGUUUAGCUCCACAACCAUUCCACCUCAUUUAAUUAUUAAGAAAUUUUCAAACGAAAAAUCUCAUCUCUUUAAAUAAAUUCUUAUAUCUGGAGGGUAUAAUUAUAAUUCUACUUGUUUUGAUGUGCAUGAAUGUUGGAGUAUAAUUUUUGCAACUAAGUUUGUAGUUUUCAAUAAAGAUGUU